UCGAAUUGCCCGCUUUCUUCAUCUCCCUCACCGCUGCCUCAGCUAGAGAUAGAGGUGCCGCCACAGUGAGCAGAGAAAGAGAGAGAACUGUUCCAGAAAUUUCGUUGCAACCAGAUUAUAAACAUCGAGAAAUGCUGGGUUUAGGCACUAGUUCUGCCGUUUCUACAAACGCUGCUGUCACCUCCUCAAUUGUCAGCACAGGCCACCCCCUUCAAAGUGUCACCUACGGAACCUCCUCUGCUUUUCAUCCAGCCACUGUCUUUCCGUCGCACCAAUUGUCUGCGGCCACUUCGCAUAACUUGAAUUCGCUUCGUGUUAAAGCGAUGGCAGAAACGGCUUCAACUCUGAAGAUAGAACCCAAGUCUGCACUUUCUGGAAAGAAGCAAGCGUUGAUAUCACUGUCAGACAAGAAGGAUUUAGCUUUGCUUGGCGUUGGGCUGCAGGAAUUGGGAUUCACCAUUGUUUCCACGGGAGGAACAGCAUCAUCUUUAGAAGGUUCUGGUGUGGCUGUUACCAAGGUGGAGGAACUCACCCAAUUUCCUGAAAUGCUUGAUGGUCGUGUAAAAACAUUACAUCCUAAUGUUCAUGGAGGUAUUCUUGCAAGAAGAGAUCAAGAGCACCACAUGGAAGCUUUGAAUAAUCAUGGAAUCGGUACAUUUGAUGUUGUAGUUGUGAACUUAUAUCCCUUCUAUGACAAGGUUUCCGCUUCAACUGGAAUUUCUUUUGAAGAUGGAAUUGAGAACAUUGAUAUUGGUGGACCUGCCAUGAUCAGAGCUGCUGCUAAGAAUCACCAGGAUGUUUUGGUUGUAGUCGACUCCAGUGAUUACCCAGAGCUCCUAGAAUAUCUCAAAGAAGGUCGGGAUGAUGAGCAAUUCCGGAGAAGGCUAGCUUGGAAAGCUUUUCAGCAUGUUGCUUCUUAUGAUUCUGCCGUUUCAGAAUGGUUGUGGAAGCAGACUGAGGGAGAUAAAUUUCCUCCCAGCCUGACAGUUCCUUUGUCUCUCAAGAGUUCACUUCGGUAUGGUGAAAACCCUCAUCAGAAGGCUGCAUUUUACGUUGAUAAGUCUCUUGCAGAGGUCAAUGCUGGUGGCAUCGCAACUUCUGUCCAACACCAUGGGAAGGAAAUGUCAUAUAAUAACUAUUUAGAUGCAGAUGCAGCGUGGAACUGUGUGUGCGAGUUUAGCAAGCCGACCUGUGUGGUUGUUAAGCACACAAAUCCCUGUGGAGUAGCAUCGCGUGAUGACAUCAUUGAAGCUUAUAGGCUGGCUGUCAAAGCUGAUCCCGUUAGUGCUUUUGGUGGCAUUGUUGCCUUCAAUGUUGAAGUUGACGAGGCUCUUGCAAAAGAUAUCCGAGAGUUUAGGAGUCCAACUGAUGGUGAAACUCGUAUGUUUUAUGAGAUUGUCGUUGCUCCUAAAUAUACCAAGAAGGGGCUUGAAGUACUUCGUGGGAAGUCCAAAACAUUGAGAAUCCUUGAGGCGAGUAAAAAUAUCAAAGGAAAGCUGUCCUUGAGACAAGUUGGUGGUGGGUGGUUAGCACAAGACGCGGAUGAUCUGACCCCAGAAGAUAUCAACUUCAAUAUUGUUUCAGAAAAGGCUCCACUCGAAAACGAACUUAAUGAUGCGAAAUUCGCCUGGCUUUGUGUCAAGCACGUGAAGAGCAAUGCUAUUGUCAUCGCAAAGAAUAAUUGUAUGCUAGGUAUGGGAAGUGGGCAGCCAAACCGUCUCGAGAGUUUGAGAAUAGCAACGAAGAAAGCAGGGGACGAAAUCAAGGGAGCUGCAUUGGCAAGCGAUGCUUUCUUCCCAUUCGCGUGGAAUGACGCCGUUGAAGAAGCAUGUAAAAGUGGGAUCGGUUUCAUUGCUGAGCCCGGUGGCAGCAUCAGGGACGCCGACGCUAUCGAUUGCUGCAACAAGUAUGGAGUUUCACUUGCCUUCACCAAUGUCAGGCACUUCAGGCAUUGAUCCUCUGAUUGUAAGCUCUUUCUGCUUGCUGUGGAUCACUCCUUUUUUCCAAAAAUAAUUUCUUCUCUUUCCUUUU